UUAACAGAGCAAUUAACCAAGGCAGAAGCUGAAACGCUAAACUAGAGUGAAAGAGAGAGUAAAGAUGGGAGGGAAAGCAAAGAAGAGGAGAGAGAAAAACUAUCUAGCUGCUCAUGGCGGCAACAACCGCCUCCCUCCACCUCCCAACACUUCUUCUAUCGACGCUUUGCCUUCCAAACUCCGCAAAAUCUUGUCUUUUGCUUCUUCUCCCGUCCCUGCUAAUCAAGGGUCUGCGAUUGAUUCGAAGAAUACUCAAAAGAAGAGCAAAAAAGUAGAUAAUGCUCUAAAUAAACCUCACUCAAAAUCUGAGGUGGACGGUAAAAGCAAAGGAACUAAAGGAGAAAAGGUAAAAAAAUCAACUGUGCCGCAAGAAAAAGUGAGCACUGAUGCAAAUGAAGAGAAAAAUAAGAAGAAACGGAAGCGAAAGCAAGCAAAUGACCUACGAUUUGAAGCAGAGAUGGAAAAGUUGGAUGGUGUUUCAACAAGAAAGCAGCGGAAGAAAGAGUUUUUAAAGGCUAAGAAAAAGAAACAAAAGAAAGGCAGUUCAGAGCAGAUUCUUGAUCUUCCAAAGCAUGAUAUAGUUAAAUUUGGAGAGGUUGCUGAAGCCCCCCCGAAGUUGCCUACUAUUCCUGCAUUUAGAAAAGCUAUGUCUGCUUCAAAUGAGAGGCUACGAUUACAGGCUAUUGAGGCUUAUAGAAAACGUAAAGGAUGGACUAACAGACCAGGAAUUCACCUUCCUCCUGUGAGCACAUCCCCAGAUUUGUUAUGAUUUCUGCUCUAGUUAGGCCAUUUUUUACUUAAAGCUUAUCAGCGCCAGUUUUACUUUUUGUAUUGUGACAACUUUUACAGUCUCUGGUAGAACAUGUAAGUGCCUUCAAUUACUUUGUGAAAUGCAGAUUUUGUUUUUGUUAUUGUGCAGCAAUACGCUGUCUUUUAAGCGGUUAAGCCUUUUGAUUCA